GGGCUCCGUCUCCCGAGACUCGGCCCCGUGCGGGUGAGCAGCCCGCCGCAGACUCCCACAUGCCGGGGCGGCGCGGGGGCUGGGCAGCGAGGCGAGCUGCGGCCGCAGGGCAGAGCGCUCCCCGCCUCGGCGCGCCCGGCAGCCUCUAGCCCGCAGCGCCUCUCCCGCGCCGAGCCCGGUCGCCGCCGCGCGCCCUCCGCUACAUGGCUCCCGUCGCUACAGUGGGCGGCUUUCUGGGCGGCUUAGAGGGCUUAGGGCAGCAGGUGGGCUCCCAUUUCCUGCUGCCUCCCGCCGGGGAGCGGCCGGCUCUGCUCAGCGACCGCCUGGCGCCGGCGGAGCGGGGAGCCCGCGGGGUCGGCGGGGCGGCGGCCGGCGCGGAUCUAGCGCACUUGCAGGGAGUGCUGCGCCGGAGGCAGCUCUACUGCCGGACCGGCUUCCACCUGCAGAUCCUGCCCGACGGCAGCGUGCAGGGCACCCGGCAGGACCACAGCCUCUUCGGUAUCCUUGAAUUCAUGAGUGUGGCAGUGGGACUGGUCAGUAUUAGAGGUGUGGACAGUGGCCUUUACCUUGGAAUGAAUGAAAAGGGAGAACUCUAUGGAUCUGAGAAACUAAGUUCUGAAUGCAUCUUCAGGGAACAGUUUGAAGAAAAUUGGUAUAAUACUUACUCCUCCAAUGUGUACAAGCAUGGAGACUCGGGUCGGCGAUACUUUGUAGCACUUAAUAAAGAUGGUACUCCCAGAGAUGGGGCGCGAUCCAAAAGACACCAGAAAUUCACACACUUUCUACCAAGGCCAGUGGAUCCAGAGAGAGUUCCAGAGCUCUAUAAAGAUGUAUUAGGAUACAGUUGAAAUGGGAUAUGUGUUCAAAAGGAAACAAAACCAAAACCUGUUCCGUCUUACCACAGCUUCCAUGGUAACGCAAUCAUGAAGAACAUUCAAGGCUCUAGGAGACUGGAUUUGAAGAAGCUGUCUUAGUGGUAGCCAAGACUCCAUUUUUUAAUAAUUGGAUGUAGGAGACAAAACCUUAAUGUUUAGGAUGGAACAACCUCUUUUAAGUUUGCUGACACUUGUGCUGGCCAGUAGGCAGUGGGAAGUUUGAAUCCCAUUUAUUUUAAAAUACCAAACUAGUGCCUAGCUUCCCUGGAGUACUUAUUAUCCAUAAACUAAAGCAAAAUUGACUACUUAAUUUGUGUGGAGUUGGACAAUAGACAAGAAGUUGGAAGAAACCGUAAGGAAUAAACUGUAAAAUAGUGAUAAAUCCUGAGAACUGUACAUGAAGGUGAAGUGCUCUACUGCUAGUGAUGGAACUUGGAAGUCAGUGCAUCUCAGUCAGAGCUGGAACUUUUCUUCAGGAUGGACCUAUUUAUACAUCUUCAGAUUGCAUAUAUUUAUUUUAUAUAUUUAUUUAUUAAAGAGUUUAUUUUUUACUGGGAUAUGAAGAGAAUACAGGCCUCAAUGCGAUCAAAAAUCAUUUACAGUGCCAAUAUUUACUUUGAGGUAGUGUCAUGGUACAAAAAUGAUAUUACAUCAUAAUGCGUUCAAAAACAAAACAUCGUAUAUUUCAUUGUUUAUAGAUUAGGUUAUAUUUUUAUGCACAUGCAGUUGCCUCAAAUCUUCAUAGGUUGGAAAGAAUGUUGGUUGCUUUUCACCUAUGAGAAUGCCUUACACAGACUUGUACUGACUUCAAAUGCACAUUUACAAGAGAAUUAAAACAUUUCACUUUA